AUGGAUAUUGUGGAUAUGGAUAUAAGGCAGUGGGAUGUAAACGACGUAAAAGAACAAUUUGGUGACAGUUUAACAUUAUUACCACCAAACGAUAACAUUAAGGAAUUGCAAACAAUACUACGUGACAAGAACACAACCCGAAGUGAUUUUAAAUUUUAUGCUGAUCGUUUGAUACGAUUAGUGAUUGAAGAAAGCCUUAACAAAUUGCCAUUUACUGAUUGUGAGGUAGUGACACCCACUGGAGCACUGUACAAGGGAUUAAAGUAUGGUUCAGGAAAUUGUGGAGUCUCAAUUGUGAGAUCUGGGGAAGCUAUGGAACAGGGUUUACGCGAUUGCUGUAGAUCAAUUAGAAUAGGCAAAAUCCUGGUAGAAAGUGACAAUGAUACUCAUGAAGCCCAUGUUGUUUAUGCCAAGUUUCCAGAGGACAUAGCUCGAAGACAGGUGCUCCUUAUGUAUCCAAUAAUGUCCACUGGCAACACUGUUAAACAGGCAGUAAACGUCUUAACACAACACGGCGUUAAAGAAGAACGUAUAAUACUUUCGAAUCUCUUCUGUACGCCUGCCGCAGCUCAAGCGGUGGUCGAUUAUGUCCCAAAGAUGAAGAUACUCACCUCUGAAUUGCACCCCGUAGCCCCAAACCAUUUUGGUAUGAAAUACUUCGGAACUGACUGA